UUUUAAAUUGACAUCAGCUAUUCUAUCAACAUUAUUGGACGAUAGAUAGCAAAGCAAUCUUUUUUAGAGCAAGUUAAUCAUAAUAGUUUCAAGUUUUACCUUGUGGUGACUCAAAUAUUUUAGUUUCUUGGUAUUCUGAAAUAUUUUAGUUAUUAUUGCUUCACUUCAAGUAUGUCUAACACUAAAGAAGAAAUAUCUUCAACUUUGAGCAAUGAAGAAUUUAUACAGCAGCAAGUCAGCCCCAGCAAUCAAUUCCCUGAUAAGUCACUGCAAACAUUAAAUGGCAUGGCUGAUCAUGGAGCAAGUCUCACUCAAGCUGAAGAAAACCUGAUGAUGAGUGACUCUGAAGAAUCGCUUAUGUCUACAAUUCCUGCCAUGGACUCAAUGGACAUUGAUUUGAAAGAAGAAAAGCUGGUGAGAAAUGGUUUAACUGAGAUAACCACCAUGUUGGAUAGCACUAAUUUUCAUCAUCAUGCUGAUGGAGAUUCUGGUGAACUUACUCCAAGUUCACCUAAUACAUCUCUGCUGUCAACUGAGAAUACGGCAUGCUUUCCACCUUUUGAAUUAUUUAGUUCUCCAUUGGCUGCAUCCUCUCCUGAUCAAAAUUCACCAUUUUUCAUUUUUUCUGAUGAAGCAAAAAAAACCCUGCCCACCAGAAGAAAAAUGUUAGAAUUGACCGCCUGUUUGCGUGCCAACUCUCAUGUGUGUAACCAAGCAUAUGCAAUCAUGCAGGAUUGGGAGACAACACUUCAGGAUAAAGAGAACCAGUUCUUGCAGGCUAAUGCUUUGGCUAAAAAGUAUGCAAGUCUUCUCAAGAGUUCUGAAGAACAUGCCCAUGAGUUGGAAAUAAAGCUCAAGGAAUUGGAAAUAUCCUAUAUGAAUUUGGAAAAAGACCGUCACCGGGAUCGCUCCAAACAUUCUCAUGAGAUACUUGAAAUGAAGAAUAGACUCGAAAGCUCUGACAAAGAGCAGCAACAACUUGCAUGCAAGCUUGAGAAGAAAGAAAAGUUGACCCAGUCCCUGCAGAAGAAACAGACGGAGAUGUUCCAUUUGAACUUCGAACUCUGUGAAUCGAACGAAAAGUUGAAUGCACGCAUCAAGUUGCUGGAGAGGAACAAGAAAGAACUGGAGCAACAGAAGCUAAACCUCGUUUCUGCGUGCGAAGAACUCUACACUGCCAAUGCUGAGCUCAUUGACCGCUUAGACUCACUGGCUGGUCAAGAAGAACAGCGUAAUCGCACCAGCGAGUGUUUAUGUUCGGACAACUCCUCAACACUAGCAAUGACCAGCCAGUUGGAGCUGAUGGAAGCACGACUCAAGGAGGCUCUUCAGGAAAGGGACGCUCUUGUCAUCCGAAAUGCAGAAUUACUAGCCGGUCUUCCUUCGGAUUCCCCCAGCCUGAACAGGGGUCAAUGUUUGGACUUCGAUUGUGAUAACGGAUUACCAACUCCGCCCCCCGACCAAUUAGCCAGCUUACCUUCUACGGGCAGCUCUGUGGAGCUGUCCCUAACCGAAAGCGACCUUGUGCACGACAUUCCUGUGAAUGAAGAGAUCUUCGUCACAGGUGACCCUGGUACCCCAGCAAAAGUGACUGUUGAAUCUGUGCCUGAAGAUGGACCUUACGACUUCCCGAAAGAAAGAGAUUCUAUUAGUUUACGAGAAUCUGGAACUGAACAAGAUUCUCAUGAAGACGAGAUGAGUGGCUUACCUGAAAGCGACACCAAUUUAUCUCUUGAGAGAAUCGUAGACUGUCAUGAACAUUGUAAUCAAAAUGCUUUAGCACAUUCUGCAACGAUGCUCUCAACGGUUGAUGCAAUUCAAAGUGUGGCCAUCGAAAGCGCUUAUGUUGUGCAGUCCAUGAAAGAAGACGUGAAGCUUACAUUAAAAUCAUAUAAUGAGUAUCGCUCGAUCGCCCAAACUCUUGCUCAAAACUUGCGUGAAACUUCCAUUAAAUGCGAGGCCGCUAAUUCCGAGGUGAAAGAUCUUACCCGUGAACUAAAUCUGUCAUUGCACAGAGAGAAGCUUUUGCUAGAGAAGCAGUCAGAGCUUUCUAAUGAAGUCUUACAGGUUCAGGAAGACAUGAAGAAUUUAACGGAAUUUUUCGCUGAGGUAAAGAACUCAAUCUCAAGGUCAAAGUCUCUGUUUAGUUCUCAGGAAACUCGCAACGAACAAAUGUAUCGCUCAAAAGUACUUGUUGAAAAUUCAAAUGAAUUGUUGCUUACGAAAUUGAAUACUUUGGAAGAGCUUCUCGCCGAGUUUAAGAACGAAAAGACGUCAGUGAUGGCCAUUCUUGAGCAAAUCACCGACUCAUCUGCUGGAACGGAGUGUGUGCUUUCUCUGGCCCAACAUGCUUUUACGCGUCACCGUAAGGCUCUUGAAGAUCUUGAAGCUUGCCAAGCAGAAAAGAAUGCAUUUGCAGAGGAAAAAAAUUGCAUUCAGCAACGUUUUGACGAAGCUAUGGAAAUUGGUGAUCUGGAACGACAAGCGUUAAUGCAGAAUAUUGCUCGCUUGGAAAAAGAGAAAAAUACUGAGAAAGAAUUGAUGAAGAACAGUGAACUGAGGUUAAAGGAGGAACUAGAAGACUCAAAAACCAAAUUAUCAGAAGCUGCACAGGAACAGAAGGAACUGCAAGAAAAUUGUCGAUUGGUUCAGGAAAAUCUGGUUAAAGAAUUGGAUCACGCAAGAUCGGGAUUGGAGCAAGCAAAAGUUGAAAUUGAAAUGAAAGUGCUGGCAUUACAAGGUGACAUCAAUCGUCUUAAUACAGAAAAAAAUGAGGCAUUGCUUCGUAGUGACGAGAUGAAUAAAAAAAUGGAAGUACUUCUGGACGUGGAGCGCAAGGAGAAGAAAAAAGCACUGGAAAUUAAUGCGUUCUUCAGAGAUGAAAUACGGAACCUACUGAAAGAGGUGAAAUCUAUCCAGGCGAACGUCCAAGCAGAUCGAAAUUAUGUCACCAUUCUGCCCAAGGAUGAGGACUUGAAACGCACAAAUAUUGAAAAUAUUCCCUCCAUCCAUGGAAAAGAGGGCAAUGAUUCUCUCCAGGACUUGUCACAAAAGCGUGAUGGUAUAAAUUCGCCUCGCAGUGAAAUCCGUGAGUGUGAAAUUCUGGAUGAUCAUAAAAAAAGCGUCAAAAAUACUGACAGCCCUAAUACCUUGAAAAGUGAUGAAGAAAAUCAUGAAAAAGUCGACUUGAAAUGUGACUCUACCGAUAUUAAGAGCUCAACAAUUUCUCACAACCUGGACAUGAAACAAGAUGAAGAAAAAAUUUCACACAAUUCUGAGGAAACAAACUCCAUUGAAUACGAGCGACUCCAAUGCAUUUCAACAAAUGAAAGUGAAUCAGAUCUUUCGGUUGUCAAGGAAUUGCAAGUAUGGGUACAGAAGUUCGUCGCAUUAUUUAAAGAGAAAGAAGAGGACAUGAAAGGGUUGAGCGAGAAACUGCAACGUGCGAUCGCAGCUGGUGAAGACUUCAGUGGAAGAUUAAGACAGUCUGAAAUGGAUCUUUUUGCCAUGGGCGAAUCUGUGAAAUCGCUUCAGGAUAAAGUUCAACUCUUGGAGGACGAAAAAAAUGCCCAAGUAACUGAACGCUCGUCAUUUGAAGCCAGCCUCCAGCUGAAGAAUCUCGAAUGCAUUCAUCUGACUCGGGAUCUCGAGGAAAAAGCUUCGCUCGUUGAAGAGCUCCAAGGUCUGCUCCAAGAAGUGAAGAGCAACGAACAGCGCAGCGCGCAGCUGCUCGAUAUGAAGACAGAGGCUAUGGAGUCGCUGGCAAAAACCUUACAGGACGUUGAACAGAUGCGAGAUUUGCUGGUGGAUGACGUAGCACGGAAGGAUAAGAAGUUGGCAAAGGUGUCCAAGCUGCUGAGGCAAUACAGAGAAAACCUACGGCUUCUCAAGGUGCGAUUCAUGGUGAUGGCUAAGAAAGUGUCGAACCUGGAAAGGCUCAACAAAACGAAAGAAUGCGACACAGCGGCGCAUUUGCAGAUGAGAAAGCGAGAUUCUCCGCUAACGGACAAUUUCGCUGCGCCUAAUAAUAAAAACGUGACGAAUAUCCCAAGCCAAAGUGACAGUGCUGAAGUUCAUACCGCAGGCUUGUUGCUUGAUCGUACCUCGUCGACCAAGAAAAGUUACGGAACGAAUGUGCCCCAAAAUACAGCCGUAGCUUCAGUGAACGAGCCGCUUGCUGCCUUUCAUCUCGUAGUCAAAGACACGAAGAUGGCCGAAGUCGCAACGAAUGUUUUGCAGCGUGACUUGUCGAACGUGUCAGUGAAACUUAACCAUCCGACCUCAUUAAAGAAUGAUCACGAUAAUUCGUCUGAUGAUAGUUCUGUUAUACCAGAUUCUCAGUUCACCGAACCUCCUAAAAUUGAAUCUCUUCGCAACAUAUCGAACCUAAUGCAUGUGAAGAGACCAACACCUGCCACCAGCGAUUCGUUGCACAAACGAUACAAGAGAAGUAACUCAAAAGAAGAAGCCUCUCGCCAACUGCCAGCAAAACCAUUAACUUUGCAGCACGACAACUCAGCCGCUCCGCACGAAGUCAGCUGGCGCCGCUCUAGACCCUCUGUGGAAGCCCACCACGCCACCCCAGUGAUUUCAAACUCACGCCAUUUGCCUUCUCGUCGACCGCAGCCUAGCGGAACGACAGACCGUAGCUCUGAUACGAGAUCUCCAUUUCGGUUAUCGGCUUUUCGUAAUUCAAGCCGAGGACGAGCGACUGAUUACGCCGAGAAUCUCGACUCCGAGGGUGCAAAUCGUCCAAAUCACAAUUCUCGUGCAAAAACUAACCGUCUAUCCAAACAGUAUUUUGAGAACAAUCCCCUUGAAGAAACUUAUGUCCCGGUAGUUGAUUCAAUUGGAUCCGACGCGUCGGCUCAGGACAGAAAUGCUUGCCUUGUAGGAGAUGGUAGCGUGGGUACGGUGACCCAUAGGCGUUAGAGCGAGCGUCAGAUACUAUCGUUAGUGGACUAUGGCCACGGCCUUAAAAUUGGAAGCUCUGCAUCUGGUUGCGCUGCUUGUAGACUUAGUCGUUGUUACUUUAUCAGAUCUUCUGAUUCACUAGUGGAAGAAACGUCGUUUCCAGUUGAAACCAAAUCUCGUUACGUUGCUCUCCAGUCGAAAAAGCCGAUUUGCUUGAAGUCGCUCUUACCAUCAGUCACGAGUACAUUGGGGUCAUUAGCGGUGGUCUCGUGUGCUUUAAUGUUGAAAUUUAUUUUAGCGUAGCUUUAAGUCGUUUCGGAUUUAUUCGUUAUUGCCAUUUUUUUGUGCUGGACAACGCUAUUUUUGUAUGUGUAAGCAGUUUUCAAGCUUUAGGAGAUUUAAGUAUUAAGGCUUUUUUCGAGCUAAGAAACUCAAAUGCCUCGGUUGGCAUAUGUUGUUACUUUCUCCCUCAAUGUUGGUCAUUUCUCUUGUUACAACAACUAAUAUGGAAUCUCUAAGUAGUUCAGUUAAUUCAUGAGUCAUUUUAUUUCUGUCAUCCAGCUGAAGACAUAUUUUAGGCUUUUAAUCCUCGCUUUGUUUUGCUUUCGAGGCGAUUAAUCAAUAACCUCUCGUUUACUUAUAAACUGAGUGAAUGUGAGACUUGAGGCUUCGGCAUUUUUUUCAACUGUUUAACUAUGGACUUUUUAUACUUAAACCAAACUAUCUUUUGAUAAAAAUUCAAAUCUUCUAUCUUGCUUAGAACUUGAAAGAACUUAUCUUCAAGAUGACAGUUUAUUGUUAUUUUUCUCGACCUAAUCUUAGUGACGCAUUGAAAACUCAAGGUUUUAUUUCCAUUUAAGUUUUUACUUUUAACUUCAAACAACCGCCAAUGUUAAAUGAUCGUCAAACUUUAUCGACCAACCUCAUUCCUAUAUUUAUUAUCUAUUACAUGUAUCGAAAUACUGAUAGUUUUCUUACACUGUUUCUAUUUCUUAAGCGUUCUUAGUAAAUUAUAUUAUAC